UCUAUAUAUGCGGUGGAAGUGAUGGGUCAUCUGUUUUGACUGUAUGUUAUAAAUAUAAUACACACACAAGUGUUUGGCAAUCCAUACAAUCCAUGUCCACUCCGAGGUAUGAUUUUAGUUUAGUUUCAUACGAUUCAAAAUUGUAUGCAAUCGGCGGCUAUAAUGGUAAAGAUAUAUUUAAUAGUGUCGAAACAUAUGAUAUACAAACAAAUCAAUGGAAAUCAAUUGCAUCGAUGAAUAUUAUACGCUAUGGCCAUGAUGCAACUGUAAUACAAAAUACAAUAUAUGUAUGUGGUGGUUACAAUAACAAUUAUUUCAAAUCAUGUGAAUAUUAUUUACCAAAUACUGAUGAGUGGUCUUUCGGUCAACCGAUGAGUCAGGAAAGGCAUGGUCUGGCACUGGUAGCCAACAAUGGGUUUAUAUAUGCUAUCGGAGGCUAUAAUGGAAAUUCAUUAAAUACAAUGGAAAGAUAUGAUACAAAAACACAACAAUGGCAACCAAUGGCUAAUAUGCAAAAUACUAGACAUUUUUUUGGUUCAGCAUCAUUUAUGGAUAAAAUAUAUGUUUGCGGCGGUUAUGGUAAUAGUGAUGGGAAAUCAUGCGAAACAUAUGAUACGAAAACAAAUCAAUGGACACAAAUUGAAUCAAUGCUUUUAAAAAGAUAUGGAUAUAAAUUGAUUGCUUUUAAUGAUAAAUUAUAUGCAUUGGGUGGCGAAACAAAGGAUGGUUACACAGAUAAAGUUGAAAUAUAUGAUUAUAAGUCUAAACAAUGGUAUUAUACGACAUCAUUGCCCAUAAAAGUUGGAUAUUUUGGAGCUACUGUUAUAACAAAAGUAUAAGACUAA